CGUCAGUCGGUCUGAGUUAACUUCCUCAUUCAGUCGGAGGGAUUAUUUCGGUGCGUAAAAAACGGAAAAUGAUGUGGCUUUAUAGGCUUGUGCUUGCUUUUAUACUGGCUACAGUAACAGUAAACGGAAAUUACAUUGUCAGCAAUAGUUCGACGCAAUGGGAUAUGGUAACGUGCAAACUGGCCGAACCAAAUCUCACUUACAACAAUGAAAAGUAUAAAGUUGACCAAACAAUUGUGGAACAUUUACACGGUAGUGAUGUUUGGAUCGGAUAUCAGCUCGCAAAGAUGCCGUUUCUAUUCAUAGGUUGCGGAAGAUCGAAUACCGGAAAAACAUACAAACUCACGACUAUCGGUGAUUGUUUUCACAUCUGUGAUGGUGGAACAUUCGGAAUAAAAACUAACCGCGGUGAAGAUAUUUUAUCGAACAAUACUACCAAAGAAUGUAAAUGCGUAACAUCUCCUGAUCCUUACAAUGGGACUCAACACGGAUUUUGUGACGUAAAUGAUCAUUUUGCACUAUUCAUUCCGAUUAAUGUAAACAGCUCAGAAGUUUCCACAAACCUCAGACCUUCAGGAGAUUGCCUUUUGUACUAUUUCCCAAUCUUUUUUUGGGGUGCAUGUGAACGAACAGAGAAUAUACAAGUCAUGUGUAGCAUAGGUCCAUAUACAGGGUCAAACACUACUGCGGAAUCUUUUCUUGGUAAUUCAACGAGUGCAAAAAAUACUUGGAGUGCUGCCAACAGCAAUUGUUUGAAACUUAACUAUCACCCAGCAUCAAUUGAAAGCAUUAGAAAUAGUAAAUUCAACGAAAUACACAUGCGAAAUUAUUGGACGGGCAUUAUUCGAUCUACCGCCAUCAUUAAAUCAACGCGUGCUGACACAUUUACAAUUAACCCAGUGCAACAAUUUGCGUUUUUGAGUAUUGGAAGUCGUGUUUUGAAAUUCGCAAGCGAUGAUGUGAACAAAACAGCUCUCUGUAUACAAGGCUUUCAAACCACCGAAAGUAGCAAAUCUUCAUUUUUGACAGAUGUAGUUUCAACGACAGAGGAAUCGAUCUCAAAAGAGUUUACAGUAGGAGUUGGCAUCGGCGUUGCAGUUGGAAGUCUGUGUAUAGUUGGGGCAGUCAUUGUCAUCAUUGUACUAAUUAGAAGGGGAGUUUGGUCGUGUAAAUUGGGUACGAAAAAGGACGAACCUAAUGCCGGAAACCUCGCGUUUGCAAGCAGAUCGUAUGAAGAAACCUUUGGUUAUCAUAACUAUUUUAUAUUAGAGAAACAGGCACAAUCAUUUGAAUGCAAUACGGAUCAUUAUAGCACAUCAGAUGAACCAAAUGUGGACAAUCGUGAGACCGACCAUUACAGUUCAAUAGAGGAACCUUAUCAAACUGUGAAAGAUGAUUACGACUACACAACCAAUGCCUUAAGAACUGGACCCAAUACCAGAAAACCGGACGAUAUUUAUAACAAACUCAAGACAGACCGACCGGAAGACCUGCCGGGAGACUAUGACCACAUAGGAAGACUCGGGAAUAACAUGCCCCAACCAGGCAGCGACUAUGAUACAUCUGCUUUUGCGCAAAAGAUCGCUGGUGGUGACGACUAUAACCAUAUCCCACUACGAGUUAGUGCAUAAUUUACACGAUGGAAUCAAACAAAGACUUUGUACAUGGGGACUAUGACGCUAUCAAUGGAAUGAAGGCAGAACUUCCAUCUAGCGAAGCGACGGGAUAUGCUCAAAUAAAAAUAUAGAUUUGAAUUAAGUGAAUAAGUAAUUGAAUGAUGAAAGUCACACAACGUUGUGGGGUGCAUUUUUUAUGACCAAAACGCAAAAUGUAAAUAUGUGUAGCCCUUAUAAUACGUGUUAAUAUAUUUGUUCCUAAUUAUGCGAUGUGAUACCUACUAGAUUCAUAUAAAAAUAUAUACACUUUAUACUAAAUAUGACACGCUUUCUUUAUUGUUAAUAAUAAUAUAAAUAUUAAGCAUAGGCAUAUAUGUGUUACUUAUAAAUGUUUCAAACGUGUAUUUGUAUAGUAGAUUCCGAACAUAUUUAAAUCUCACCCAGUCCACUCAAAGCUUGCGUCAAACUAAGCAGAGUGUGGACAAAUAAUGAAUGAGGUAGCAAAAUUUUGUCUUAAAAUGUGACACUGAAUGCAAUACAACUGCACGCCUAGUAUUCAAAUCUAAUAAGACGAGGACAUAUAGUGUUUAUUGCAUGUUAGCUAACAGUUCUUCGUUUACGUUUAUAAAAAAAAGUAAUUUCUUAGAGUAAUCAAGAUAUGUUGGUGUUACGGAUCAUUAAUG